GCUGCCUCCUCAUGUUGGAUAAGUGUCUCCAGCGGACAGGAGGACAGGAGGACAGAACAUGUCUUCAUAACAUGAAAUAUCUUCAGAGUGGACUGAAGACAGAGACAGACCGGCCACGAUGCAGAGCGACAUGAAGACCCCUCUGUUGCCCGGCCCCUCCUCUGACUUCUCUGACUCCUCUGAGGCCUCUGAAGCCCCGCCCCCCUCCCCGAGCGGCCCCGUGAUCAGCAUCAUCGGCUCCGGAGACUUCUCCCGCUCCCUCUCCAUCCGGCUGCUGUCCUGUGGGUUCAGGGUGGUGGUAGGGAGCAGGGACCCGGGUCGUGUUGCUGGUGGUCUGUUCCCUGACGGGGUGGAGCUGAAGUCUCAGAGGGAGGCGGUGGUGGCAGCAGACAGGAUGGUGUUCACCGCGGUCUUCCCGGAGCACUACCACACCCUGCUGGGUCUGAGGGAGGAGCUGGCGGGGAAGGUGCUGGUGGAUGUGAGUAACGCCUCCAGUGUGGGGGGUCGGGGCCGGUCCAACGCCGAGAGGCUGGCUGAGAUGUUCCCAAAGAGCAGCGUGGUGAAGGGGUUCAACGUGGUGUCUGCGUGGUCGCUGCAGGUCGGCGCUCAUGAUGGGAGCAGGCAGGUCCUGAUCUGCAGCGACUGCUCCGCCUCCAAGGCCUCGGUCCUCCAGCUGGCUCGCCGUCUGGGCUUCACCCCCGUGGAUCUUGGUGGUUUAUGCGCCUCCAGGAACAUCGAGGAAGCCCCCCUCAUCCUCUUCCCCUCGUGGGGCAGACCAGUCCUCACCACCUUCCUCCUCUUCCUCUUCUUCUAUGGUUACAACUUCUUCAGACACAUCCUGCUGCCGUACCUUGACAAAGGAGAGAACAACUUCUACCAGCUCCCUCUGGUGACCGUGAACGAGACGCUGCCGUCCGUCGCUCUGGUCACGCUCGCCAUCGUCUAUCUACCAGGUGUUCUAGCGGCGUUGCUCCAGCUCGUCACAGGAACUAAGUAUCAGAGGUUCCCGGUCUGGUUGGAUCGCUGGCUGUGCAGCAGGAAGCAGCUGGGCCUGCUGAGCUUCCUGUGUGCCGUGCUGCACGCCAUCUACAGCAUGUGUCUGACUCUGAGGCGGGCUGCAGGGUACACUCUGAUGAACGGAGCAUACCGACAGGUAAAAGCUGGGGUGGAGAACUCCUGGGUGGAGCAGCAGGUGUGGAGGUCUGACCUUUACUUGUCCAGUGGGAUUCUGGGACUUGGAGUCCUCGCUCUGCUGGCGAUCACCUCUCUGCCGUCUGUGGGGAACGCCCUGAACUGGAGGGAGUUCACCUUCGUUCAGUCAGGUCUCGGUUACGCCGCUUUGACUCUCUCCGUCACACACACUCUGUUCUUCGGGUGGAACUUUGCCUUCUACCCCUCCUCCUACCCGUACUUCCUCCCCCCAGUCUUCCUGCUGUCCCUCAUCCUGCCCUGCACGGUCCUGGUGGGACGACUUCUCUUAGCGCUCCCGUGUCUGACGAUCAGACUCACAAAGAUCCGCCGAGGCUGGGAGAGCCGACAACACCGAGUCAAACAGAGCCUGGAGCCGGGACCGGUCGAGGAGGUGGAACCUUCUGAAAUCUUUGGAGACGUCUGAAGAUCCAAAGAGUAGAUCUGGAUUAUCCAGAGGUUUCUUUUCUCUCUGUGAGAGUCUGAACACUUUAAGUACCACUAUUCUUAGAUCCUGUCUGCAAUCCUGUGGCCUUCAUCGCUGUGAGAACUCACACUUUUAUAAUCACUGAAAGCCUCAGGACAAACACCCCAGACCAGGGGAACUGAUAUGUCCUCUUGAAAAGUUAAAGAUUUAAAAAAACACAUCAGGGGAUUUUUGACAGUUUUUUUUUUUAAAUGUUGAAUUUAAAGCUGCUGUGAGGAACUUUUGUUUUGUAUU